UGGAACCAGUUAUGAGUGAUAACCAUUGCAUUAUUUUCUCUUCCUUCUCUGAAAAUUCCCAAAUCUCAUUCUGUCAAUCAUUCUCUUACAUGGGUCUUCGCUGAAAUCCAAGUUCAUAUUUUUGCAGCUUUAGUACCCACCAAAUUUUCCAUCUUUUUCCAAAUUCCAAUUUUCUUUGUUAGUGAGUGGUUCACUGUGUUUUUUGCUUUUUGGGUUCCCCAUUUGUUCCUGCUACAUAAAUUGUUUUUUGGGUUUGAUCCCACUUUUUUUUUUGGCUAAUUACUCAAAAAAUAUCCUACUUUCUAUUUUGGAGCUGGUCUAUCUAUCCCUUCCUUGAAAUUUGUCUCCUUUGUGGUAAAUUUCGUUGCUUUCUGCAUCUCCACGCACUCACUCAAUGUGUUUCACAUUGGGUUUUGAACAUUGUCUUUUGGAUUUCAACUUCAACUUUCUUUUUGGAUAGUGGAUGCUUUUUUUCUAUUUGAUUGUUUUGGAGUUUGAGCUGGUUUUCCCACUUCAAUUGUUGGUGCUGUUUCCAGUGGUUUCACUAACAAUGUUUUCCUCACCAUAUUCCUCAGAUCAGAUGCAAUUUUUGUUUGCUUGUGUUUCCAGAUGAAAGUUGAUGGUGACAUUCCACCAGUUCUUUAGAUUUAGAAUUUCAGUGAAGGAUUUCCAUAAAGGGAAAGCCAAUUUGAUCUAGAUUUGGAACAAUGGGAGCCUCAAGCUCCAAAAUGGAGGAUGAUAAGGCACUGCAGCUAUGUCGUGAAAGGAAGAAGUUUGUGAGGCAAGCACUUGAUGGGCGUUGCUCAUUAGCAGCUGCUCAUGUUUCAUACAUUCAAUCACUGAAAAAUACAGGAACAGCUCUGAGAAAAUUUACAGAACCUGAAGGACCAAUUGAGCCUUCUCUGUACACUACUGCAACACCAGAACAACCACUUGCUUUAACUGAAAGGACCCUCUCAUUCUCUUCAGCAUCUGUGUCACAUCACAUAGAUGCAGCUGAACACGAAAAUUUCUCUCCAACUCCCUCCCUUCCUAGUUCUUCUAGCAAGUUCAGAGCAAAUCAUAUGAAACAUAGCACUAUUUCUUCCAAGAAAGUUGAGGAAAAACCACCUGUACCUGUUAUAGGAAUAGUAACAUCAUCAGGUACUACUACACAGAAUACCAGUGUAAUGUCUGGAACAGCAGCAUUUGAAGAUUCUUCUCUUCCAGCUGGAACUCCACAGUGGGAUUUCUUUGGUCUCUUUCACCCCAUUGACCAUCAAUUUUCUUUUCAAGAUGGGAAGGGUAUGCAUCAAGAUAUAGGGAAUGCUGAUGACAUACAAAGACUAAGGGAGGAGGAGGGAAUUCCUGAGUUGGAAGACGACGAAGAGAAGGCUUCAUCUCAUGGAAGGGAACACUCUAGGGACUCUGAAGACGAAUUUGAUGAAGAGCCUGCCGCAGAAACUCUAGUCCAAAGAUUUGAAAAUCUAAAUAGAUCUAACAGUCAUGUUCAAGCCAAUUUUGAACCUGCCACAACUAAGCCUCUCAGAGGGCAUUCAGCUUCUGAAGUUGAAUUAGUGAAUGGAGAAAAGGGGAACUCUGCUUAUUUAUCUCCAUUAAAGACAGCACCUAUGCCAGCUUUGCCUCCACCUGAAACAAAUAAACCAAUGGAGAAGGAAAGUCGUAAUGAAAAUAAAGUCACCCCUAAGAAUUUCUUUUCAAGCGUGAGAGAUAUUGAAUUGCUCUUUAUUAAAGCUUCAGAAUCUGGCCAAGAGGUUCCAAAGAUGCUUGAAGCAAACAAAGUUCACUUUCGUCCAAUAUUCCAAGGAAAAGAAAAUGGUUCUCUGGUGUCCUCGUUUUUGAAGGUAUGUUUCUCAUGUGGGGAGGACCCAAGCCAAGUUCCAGAAGAACCUGCUCAAAACUCGGUUAAGUACUUAACUUGGCAUAGGACGGUGUCAUCUCGAUCCUCCUCAUCCAGAAACCCUUUAGGAGCAAACUCAAUUGACAAUGCUGAGGACCAUGCAAAUAAUCUCUUUGAUAAUUCUUGUAUGAUCUCCGGAAGUCAUGCAUCAACCUUGGAUAGGCUAUAUGCUUGGGAAAGGAAACUCUAUGAUGAAGUGAAGGCUAGUGAGAUAGUCAGAAAGGAAUAUGACAUGAAGUGUAAAUUCUUAAGGCAACUGGAAUCAAAAGGAGAAAAGACCUCUACAGUUGAUAAAACUCGUGCUAAAGUCAAGGAUCUGCACUCAAGAAUCAUAGUUUCAAUUCAUAGGAUAAACUCUAUAUCAAAGAGGGUUGCGGAGUUACGAGACAAAGAGCUUCAGCCACAACUUGAGGAGUUGAUUGAAGGGUUGAAUCGGAUGUGGGAAGUGAUGCAUGAAUGCCACAAACUUCAGUUUCAGAUAAUGUCGGCAGCAUAUAACAACAGCCAUGCUAGAAUCACCAUGCAUUCAGAAUUACGUAGACAGAUUACUUCCUAUCUUGAAAAUGAACUCCAAUUUCUAUCAUCAAGCUUUACCAAGUGGAUUGGAGCUCAGAAAUUCUAUCUGGAGGCUAUAAAUGGGUGGCUUCUCAAAUGUGUUCGUCAUGAAGAAAAAUCAUCCAAGAGAAAAAGGAGGUCUCAAUUUGACCUUAGCUAUUAUGAUCCUCCAAUAUAUGUCACAUGUGCGGUCUGGUUGGAUAAACUUAGUGCCUUACCUGUAAAGGAUGUAGCUGAUUCGAUUAAGAGUUUGGCGACGGAUACUGCCCAGUUCUUACCACACCAGGACAAGAACCAAGGAAAAGGUGCUCAUCCUCAUAUGUCAACAUGGAAGGCUGAUAUUGGUGGCGAAUCAGCAGAUGGUUUAUUGAGAGAUGACAUAUCAGAGGAUUGGGUUGCAGGUCUUGAUCAAUUUCGGCGAAGCUUGAUUCGAUUUCUUAGUCAAUUAAAUAAUUUGUCUGGUUGUUCUGUCAAAAUGUACACAGAACUUCGACAAGCCAUUCGGGAAGUCAAAAAUUACCAGCGUUUGAAUUCUCAGUCUCAAAAUGGUCAUUUGAAUUCUCAGUCUCAAGAUGGUCAUCCGAAUUCCGAAUCUCAAAGUUGAUCCAUCAGAGUUACAAUCUCAAGUGGUUUAGGCUGAAAACAAACAUCCACACGAUAAGAGAAUUGCGAUGAAACAUUGUGGAAUUGCAGAAUUAUAGCAUUGUGUUGAGCAUACAAGUCCACUGGAUGUAGCAUUUGUACAUGGUAGGAUGUAAUAAAGUCAUUACAGAUUGCCACACUUAUUUGUUCAUUUAGUUCUAAGAAUAGAAGGGAGCUGAUAGAUUGCACUAGAGAGACUAUGAGUGCAUGGUUAAGGACUCAGUAAAAGCUGUAAGUACUAGGUUCUGAUGGUGAAGAAAUUUGGGUGCAAUUUUUUUGCUAAUAAAGGGUUUGUACCAGGACUUAUACUCCCCUCCUUGAUUUUCUUUGCUUGUGCCAUUUUUUCAUUUACGUUAUGUGUAUAUAAUUAUUGAUUAAUAAUAUUGUUUGAAUUUUAUAAA